CCACUUUUCGAGUUCUGACGGUUGCAGUUUUGCAGAGACAGGUUACGAGCUCUUUUCUCACGGUCACGACACAUUAGAAUUGAAAUUCAUCAUUAUUGUGGCACUGCAAUUAAGCAUCAUUUUUAAAAAUGAGUUCAAUACCGGAAGAUUCUUUCUUACAUAUUAUGAUAUUACCUGCAGAACAAUGUUAGGACAUUUCGGAGGAGCUAUACGUUUAUAUAGCUUAAUCCGAUGACCUAAGUACGACACGUGAGUAGAGUUAUCCUAUUUCAUUCACAUUCGACAUCGGUUCUCCGGUAAAGUAACGACAUCAAAACACUUUCGGAUCAGUAGAAACGGAAAAACAACAACGUUUUACAACAUGUUGUUUUUAUCCGGAUUGUUCUUCCUGUGUGUAUUUGGAUUUUCGGACGCAACUUACCGGUAUUAUAACGAGCACCUCCCGUAUGCUACGGGAGAUACGAUUCUUUCUCUGUGGCACAACCAUGGAGGUCCACGGGUGGCCCACCGAAAGUGGAACAUGGAAUGUCUUGACGGAGAGGCAAUGACUGGUGUCCAGGAUUUCUCAGACGAUUUUGAGCGGCUGACUGCUGUAUGGUGCAAAUUUAUGUUUCCCUACAAACCACCAACCCACGGAAUGUAUCCAUAUUUUCCCAGUUGUAUAGUACGAAAUUUUACCACCGAAUUCUUUUGCUUCAAUGCCAACGAUGCAUCAAGAUCUAUCAAUACGUUUAUGACAGCAUUUUGGGAUAACGAGUACAAUUUCUACGUCUAUCGUCCAGGUGGAUUCGGUUUGACGACCGGGGACGAUUUGCAGCCAUACAAGUGUUGUAAAACUCCGAAAGGCUACUAUAUCGAUUAUUUGUCAUGCCACUAUAUUGAUAGUCAUGAUCCAUACCGGGAAUUCUACGAUAGUUUGUCCAAUUUUGUCAUGUUAUGUCCAACUGGAUACGUUAUGACGGGCAUAUCAAAGAAACUAACGCCAUUCGAGCAAGAAUAUCACGUGGAGUGGAUACAGUGCUGCCGGCUUGGUUAUGGUGCCGCAGUAGCCCUUCCGCCGCCAGUGUAUUCGGCUAACGGGAAGAAGGCAUUUUAUGCCAAUAGUUAUGCUGAAGCCCCGCGGAUUCCAGAGGGCUACAUGUCGCAGUAUAAAAUGGGAAGAAGUUAUAACGAAUCGAUCAGCAAUUAUUCGGCCAAUCCGAAUGAGUCAACUAAUGACUGGCACAGCUUCCGCUACACUGACAAGCCAAUUCCAAAGGAUUCGUUUAAUCAAAAAUACCUGGUGCAGAGUAACGAUGUUGUCCAUACGGCAAUUAAUGAUAAUGUGAGAAGCUCGUACUACUGACGUGAAGUUCCUCAACCAUUUUGUUUUUUUGGAUAACGCUGGUUAUUUGUGGUUCGGUGUUUGCUAAGGGGCAACAUUUGCUAAUUUAACGGUAACCGCGUGCUUUUUACAGUAAUGUUUUGUUAGUAGAACAUUUGGUGAAAUAAAUAUGCA